UUUAUCUUGUUAAAAUUAUAAUUACUCUCUCUCUCUCUUUCUCUGCAUCCACAUAUCUCAAAUUCCCUAUAAGAAACAGAGAAAUGCAUAUCCAAAGUUUGUGAAUCAUUACAUUUCAUCAUUGUUUUAACUUGUUCAAGUAAAUCUAUAUAUAUUUUGAAUAUUUCUGCAAAUUUUCCUCUGCUGUGAAUGGAGUUUAAUAGAAACAGAGUAGUCAUUGAGAACAAAACAAACCCUAAAUCCAUCUUCAUCUUCAUCUUGAUCUUCUUCUUCUUCUUCUUCUUGUUUUUAAUGGUAUUCAUAUUGUCAUCAUUCUGUAGCAGCAUCAGGAGUUCAUCUCAUGGGGAUUCAGAUAACACUAGGAGCUGCUCGUUUGUUGAAGCUGUCCAGUACCCCAUGAUCGCAAAUUGUGAAGAUCAAGAUCAGUUCAUGAGAUUGCCAAGAAGAGGAUUGGGUGGGCCGGGAUCAUCGCCGCCACGUUGCACCUCAAAGUGCGGCAAGUGCACGCCCUGCACGGCGGUCCAUGUGCCGGUGCCGCCGGGAACUCCGGUGACGGCCGAGUAUUACCCGGAAGCAUGGAGAUGCAAAUGUGGGAACAAGCUUUACAUGCCGUGAUCAACAACUAUUGAAUUUACCGAUGGGUACUGGUGGAUGUAUGUAAUUAAUUAAGUUGGGUAUGUAUCUGCAAAUUACCGCUAACUAUUUUCAUCUCAUCUCACAUCUCUGUUUUGUAAAAUAAUAUAGAUUUAUAGCAAAUUAUAUAUAUAUAUAUAUGUGCGUGUGUGUGUGUGUGUGUGUGUAUUGUAAUCAUAUUAAUAUGUAAAAAAGCUGUGUGUGUGUUUAAUUA